UAUCGCAUCUCAAAAGCUGUUCAUUAACGUAUGACAAAGAUCAAAGUUAAACGCAAGAGUAUCAGCGGAAGCUCGGCGAUGACUUUAGGAACACUCCUAAGUUUGAUGAUACUGGAAUAGCGUUCAACUUUUACGUAGAGGGACGGAUAUGCCAUGACCGACGUUUCAUCGAUUGUCAUCGAUGUUCGUCCCAUUCGUCAAGGCUUCGUCCCGAGAUGCUCGAAAUAGUAACAUCUUAUGCGAAAGCUUAGACUUGAAUACAGUAAUUAACAAAGUGACGAUUUUUUUUAGACCGUAUAUGCAAAUAACCGUUAAAGAGUCCGAAGAUCGAGAUAAAAAUGGCAUCCUCGAGCAUAAAUCGCGCUUCAAAGGACCUAUACCAGGUGUGCGUGACGAUCAUCGAAGCGAGAUAUUUAGCUCAAAAUGCGAAUCCCACGGUGGUGGUGAAAAUUGGCAAUCAAAAGAAACGCACCAUAGUUCGAGAGAAAACGGACAAUCCUUAUUACAACGAGUACUUCGUCUUCAGUUUUACCUGCGGUUUCGACGAGUUUCUAAGCAAAAGUGUCACGAUAGCUGUGUACCUUCAGACUUUCCUAAGAAGACUGAAACUUUACAGCAGCACCGACUUUGAAGUGGCAACCGUGUGGGAUCAGCCGAAUCAUCAGUUCCUGCACAAGUGGGCAAUGUUAACGAAUCCCAAAGACAUUUCCGGGAGAUGCAAAGGUUUCGUAAAGUGCGACAUAACGGCCAUUACGAGGGGACUGAAGCCAAAUGUCUACCCGGACACGGACGGGGAGGAAGACAUCGAGGGGAAUCUGUUGCUACCCGUUCGAGGUAUUAAAGUGAGGCAUAAAGCCCGAUUUCUAUUCGCGAUUUACUGGGCGGAGGAUUUACCAAAGUUAGAUUUGAAACGUUGCUGCCACGCCGAGACGCGAAAGGUAUACGUGCAGAUAUCUUUCUCGGGGAUGAAAGGUAUCACGAAUAAGCAACGAGUGGCUUCCAAGAUGAAAUUCCUCGAGAGAAUUAUUUUCAAGGAAAUGUUUCCUCCGUUAUGCUGCCGAGUUAGAAUCGCCAUAAAGGCUGCGACGAGUGGCUGCAAGGGACGCAUCGUUUCUAAUCAUAUUUUAAAUUUGAGCAAAACGUUUAGUUCCGAGAACGAGCGAGGUAAGAACCAGCUAGGCGAGGACCCCUUCUUGUCAUUAAAGCGACCCUUCUCGAUAGGAGACGUCAAAUCGGAGGAGAAGACCGAGCCUCUGGGCGAAAGCGCGCCAUCGAGCAAAAGUAAACGCGCAUCCUUAGGGGCGACCAAACCUUGCGUAAAUAUCAGAUUUUUCUGGCCGAACGUAGAGUGGAGAAUACUAAAUAGCAACAGUCUUCUGAAGCUCGCCGAUUUCCUCGAAACCGAGCUUGAGAAAUUGGACGAUUUAAUCGCGGUGGAGCACCGACAAGCUUACGAGAGGUACAACGAGAUGGUCGGGACGUUGUCGAGACACCUGUCGGAUUAUUUAGAGAAGAUGGACACGAAAAUCAUGGAGGAAAACGGUGGCACGACGAAACUCGAUAGAUACCGAAUGACCCUGUGUCGGGAAGAAAUCGAAAGUAUCAUCAAAAUCGUGGAAAUCAACGGACCACUCCCGAAUAACAAUUACAUCAGAAUCGCGACGAUACACGCCUACAAAUACCUGCACAAGAUCCGGCAGCUAUGCCAAGAUCCGCAACACGGUUUCCCGGAUGUGUACGUUUGGAUGGUCACCGGAUCGAAACGCGUAGCUUACGCGAGCAUUACCGCUGCCGACAUUUUCUACGGAGAGGAAGCCUGCGGUCGAGGCAUAAAAUGUGGCCAACGAGUCAAUAUAUCCUUGACGGAUCCCAAAGAUGGGAGGACGGUUUACGGAUACGAUUCUUACGAUAUCGACUUGCUUUUGUGGCUUGGGAACGCGAAAUACCUGAAUGCCUGUUGGAGCAUGAUUCCCGCAGGAUUCGACAACGCCGUUCAAACCGAUCAAUUCCCGCAGGCUUUCACUUAUACGGAAUCGCACAAGUUUCAACUCCGUGCACACGUGUUUCAAGGACGGUUCGAUCCCGGCAUGGACAGUUCGGGACUCAUGGAUCCGUUAACGAGAGUUAAAUUUCACGGGCAUUCGAUGUCCACGCAAGUCAUCGGACAAAGUCUCGAUCCGUUUUGGGACCAAACCCUCAUAUUCCCAGUGGUCGAUAUCUUCGGUACGCGAUCCGGCAUCAAGCGACUUCCCCCGAAAGUCAUCAUCGAAAUAUUCGACCAAGAUUUCUGCGUGAGUUUCCCCCCCGCACAUUUUCGCACAUUUUCGAUGAGAUUUCUGUGGAAUGACUCGUGUCAAGAGCGACGAACACCUUCAACAGGGGACGAUGGAACCGUUUGGAACGAGUUUCGCGGAACCGAUAGUCAACGUUUCAUCCGAACCUAUUCGGUACCGAAGUUACAGUGGUACAAAUUCGCCUCGGGAGAUGAUCGGCUUGGAGAUGCCAACGGUGCCAUUCUGGCGGCAUUCGAGCUCAUCGAGAUGGGAGAGGAGGACGCCAGGGUCGAAUCCGUGCGCGUUAAACCAGCGAAAAAAUUAUACAGCAUUCCAAAAGACAUUAAGCCCAAAAUGACGACUCAUCGUUUGGAGAUCAUCUUUUGGGGCGUUCGGGAUAUGAAACGGGUACACCUUCUUCCCGUUUUGAAGCCUAAAAUCAUUAUCGAGACUGGUGGGGUGCACGUUAAUUCGGAGAUCAUGGAAAGUGCCAAGAAAUUUUGCAAUUUCCAAAAGACGCACGUUGUCAUCGACCUGGAAAUGCCAGAUAACGACAUUUAUUAUCCACCCGUAUCGAUCAAGGCAUACGAUUCCCGGGGAUUCGGUUGUUCGAAAUACCUUGGAGUCUGUUUUAUUCCUACGGUGCACGUUUUUCUUCAUCGUUUAAUAACGGAGGAGGAGUAUAAUUCACAAUUAUUUAAUUCUACGGGAAAUCGUGCCGCAGAGCUCUGGUAUUCGUCCAACGUAAUACUACCUCUGCCUCGCGAUUAUAACCCCGACGUGGAGGAAUCAAAGGGUUUGAUCUCCUACAAGCUGCGCAACCCUGCGAAACCGCAUUUAAUCAAGAAAACCUUAUCGUUCGUUACGAACUCAAAGGUAUUCGAGAUGCUAACCCGAUGCUGCAGGAAGAAGGAGGAAAUCAUUUACGGAGACGACGACGACGGAACGCACGACUGGUGGAGUAAAUAUUUUGCAUCUUUACAGGUAAUUCGACAGAUAACGAGUAAUACUCCAGUCGACCGAGAAACCACGAUAUACUUGGCGUUUUUCUCAGAGGAGAAAGAUAUCAUGGCCGGGAUAAGGAGUCCACGAUAUCGGCGUAAAUCCGUAGCCACGUUUAAGAUAUAUACCUCGGAACUGGAGACACAGCCAGAGUUUGCAGGAUUCCAAGACAGGAUUAGAACGUUCGAGUUGGUCAAGGGAAAAUUGGACAACGAGUCCCGCGUAUAUAAAAAAAAUGUCGUGGGAAUAUUUAAGGGGUACAUUGCCCUCUAUCGCUGGCCCCAUCCCGGAAACGUGCCAUGUAAAACAAAAAGGGGUAGAGACGCGACGUACGGCAUCUGCGACGACUAUCCUUCUCAAGAGUCCAUCAAAGUCCUCGUACGGGUCUACGUCAUCAAAGGAGUAAAUCUGCAUCCCAGUGAUCCUUUGACAGGAAAGUCGGAUCCAUACCUGCGCGUCGUGUUAGGAAAAACAUGCGUUAACGACAAGAAAAAUUACAUCCCAAACGAAUUGAAUCCAACAUUCGGCAAAUUGUUCGAAAUUAAAGCGACCUUUCCGAGAGACCAUACCUUAACGAUACAAAUAUGGGAUUACGAUGCUACCAGUCCGGACGAUUUAAUCGGGGAAACGAAAAUAGACAUUGAGAAUCGGUUCUACAGCAGGCACCGAGCAAACUGCGGCUUGGCCAAAACUUACGCCAGUACGGGGUACAAUGUAUGGAGAGACAAGGAGAGUCCAUCGCAAAUCUUGCAAUUUCUAUGCAUGAAAAACAAUCUCCCCGUGCCGGAGUACCACGAAGACGUGGUCAAAAUCGGGAAAAAGAGUUUUCCCUUUAACGCGGUCUUGGAACACCCUACCGAAGCCGACAUAGAAAAUUGCAUGGCACUCAAUGUUCUUCACCAGUGGGACAAAUUUCCGAUUUGUGGGCAUGCCCUCGUGCCGGAGCACGUCGAAAGGCGUUCACUUUUUAAUCCAGAGAGGCCAGGACUGGAACAGGGCAAACUGGAACUUUGGGUCGAAAUAUUCCAAGAGAACGAAUUGCCUAUGAAACCACCGAUCGAUAUAACACCCCACACCCCCGAGGAUUACGAACUUCGAAUAAUCAUUUGGAACACGGAGGACAUACCUCUCGUGGAUAGUCAGUUUCUAACAGGGGAGAAGUGUUCAGAUAUUUACGUUAAAGGGUGGAUCGUUCACGAUGACAUUCAGAAGACAGAUGUUCAUUACAAUUCAUUGACUGGAGAGGGUAAUUUCAACUGGAGAUUCAUCUUUCGUUUCUCGUAUUUAAGUAGCGAGAGAAUGAUGGUAAUUAAAAAAAAAUUGUCGACUUUUGCAAAAAAUGAGACAGAACAAAAGGUCCCGUGCAAAUUGAACUUGCAAGUGUGGGACAGUGAUCAUUUGUCACCCGACGAUUUCUUAGGCGCACUUUCCAUCGAUUUAUCGAGGAUGCCGAAAGGGAGUGCAAACCCAAAAAACUGUACUCUCAAAGUUAUGGAUCCAGAGUCUACUACCAUAAAUCUGUUUAAAACCAUGCGAAUGAAAACCUGGUUACCAUUUACUUACAGGACCGAAGCAGGAGAAUACGUCCAAGCAGGCAAGAUCGAACUAGAACUGAUAUUAAUGCUCAUAGACGAAGCGGAUAAAGAUCCUGUGGGACUGGGGAGACAACCCCCCGAACCUCUCCCUCCACCAAAUCGUCCCGAUACAUCCUAUUCCUGGUUACGUAACCCUUGGAAGGCAUUUCGUUUCGUGGUGUGCAGAUAUUAUAAAUGGAAAAUUAUAUGCUGUAUUACAGGAGUUCUGGGAGCCUUACUCGUCGCAUGUGCGGUGUAUGCCUUCCCCGGUUAUUUCGUUAAAAGACUGUUGGGUGCCUAGCAAGUAUUCGUUUUUUUAUUAAGUAGCUAAUCAUACCCAACCAUACUAAUUUCGCUUGCAGUAUUUCCUCCCUUUCUUAGGUAACAGAUACACUAUUUCAUGUAAAGUUGGGAAAUGGAAUGUUUUCACUCGUCCAAUUAAUUUCUUUUCAAAAGCGUCCAAGUUAAGUAGGUAUAAUACGUCCCUAAAUUUCUAUGCGAUUAAAGUAUAUAU